GCACAGAUUCCGCCUCCGCCUUGGUGCCGGCGUCCACCGUCCUGAUCCUCCCGCACCCGCCGGCGAGUCCAACUGAUCCCCUCCCUUUGUUCGUUUUCGCCGGACGCGCACGCUCCCCCCCCCGGCCCCCUCUCCCCUCGCUCGCUCCCACCACCACCACCAGGCGGCCAAGGCAGCGACGAUCCGACGCUUCCCCGUCCAACCCGUUGGCUCCCCGUCGGCGCGGCCGAGCUCAGAGGCGGGCCGCUGGUUCCGCCCAGUCGGAGCAGGCGGGAGUGGGCGUCGAUGAGCUCCCCGGCGCGGUCGACCGUAUCGGCGGCGAGCGGAGGCGCCGUCUCCGCCGCCGAAGACGUCGCGGACUCCAUCGACGCGCUCUACCGCAAGGACGAGGCCGUGGCUGAGCUCAAGUCGGAGGUGAUGGAGGCGCUACAAAAGGAGGUGAGGUCGCUCGACGACGACAUCUGGAUGUUCGCCGCGCCGCGGUCACGCAUCAACCUCGUGUCGAGACCCGGUGCUUACCUGCCCAAGCAGCAAGGGAAACUCGCGGAACUGGGCCAAGCAUAUAAGAAAACAAGAAAUUUCUAGGGCAUAGGCGUUGGUGGUUGCAACUUGCAAGAAGCCUACUACAUGAUGAUUAAUGCAGGCUGAGAAUCCACUUAUGUUCUGUAGUAUUGAGGAUGAUUGGGUCCAGUUUAAAACCAUUUAGUUGCUUCCUGAUAAUUCAGUUUCAGGCAGUGUUCAUGACGUGUGCCUUUCUUAUCUUCUGCAUACUCAGGUUGCCUUGUUUUUCUCACAUUCA